UCUUUCGCCCCUAUACCCAAAUUCGACGAUCGAUUUGCACGUCAGAACCGCUACGAGCCUCCACCAGAGUUUCCUCUGGCUUCACCCUAUUCAGGCAUAGUUCACCAUCUUUCGGGUCCCAACAUGUAUGCUCUUGCUCAAUUAUUAUUAAUUGGCCAAUGGUGCUAUAUAUUCCCACCUUUUCACUUUUAUUUUGCAUUUGGGUUUAUUCACUCAAAUACUUGCAUAUAUGUUGGACUCCUUGGUCCGUGUUUCAAGACGGGUCGUUUAAAACCAUUUCCUCAACGUUUUUGUGGUGGGUAA